AUGAAUACUUUCAAGUAUAAUUUUCAGGAUACUGACACAUUAUAUUCCCUCCGCCGCUCAGGAGCAGACCUUUCACAUUACCAUGAUCAAUUAGCUCGCGAAAGAUCGGCUCGAACUCUGACAUUAAGAAGGACAGCACGACCUACUAUAGCAGGCGUCUUUGGAAAAGCCCCACAACCAAGCUCAAGUCGCCCUAAGCUUUUCGAUACUGCGAAUUUUCCAUAUCUAGACGUUGUUUAUGCUGCAGAUAUCUUAAGAUCAGGAAAUGAUUUCAAAAUUAUUGAAUUUUUGUCCAAUAUACAACAAGUUUUUACUGCAACACCACCUUUGACUUACGGUUUGAUCACUUCCGAAGACCUUUCUGAGCCAUUAAACGAAGCGUUAAUGAAUACAACUUCAGACGCGACAAUUAUCGAAAUAAUAAAGACAAUAACCUUGAUAUAUCCGAAAUCCGGUGUCAAUCAAGAAAAAUUGAUUGAUGACGGCUUAGCGUUCACUUUCUUAAAUUAUAUGCAAACAGAGAAUCAAGAUUUACUAGUUGCGACGAUUACAUGCAUUGAUUCCAUUUCAGAGAUAUCAUCCUAUGCUCGAGAUUCCAUUCUUUGUACAGGAAUUUUGACAGAUUUGAUCAGAAUUGCGACAUCCCAGAGCGAUAUUCAAUUGGUUCAACUGUCAUGUGAUGCAAUUGACAGAAUAUUUGCUAAUCCAGAACCGAUUGAAAGCUCAAUCCUUAAAUCCGCGAUUUAUGAAGUUGUUGAACUUCUUAACAUCCAAGAUUUAGUUGCAAUGAAGUCAGUUCUGCAAACAAUCGUCUCCAUUACUAACAAAAAGCCCAGUCUGGGCUUCAUUAUUUACGAAAUGCAAAUUGCGCCAAAUAUUGUCCAACUUUUAGAGCAUCAAGAGCUUGCUUCCGCUGCUUUACCGCUCAUAGGGAAUAUGUCUGUGAGCUCUGUUUCCAAUAUUAAGCAACUUCUUGACGCAAAUUUGAUUGAUUUACUUUUCCGAUACAUUUCGACGGAAUAUACAUCAGAUGUCUUCUGGGUUCUAUCAAACCUGAUCGAAAGUGUUCCUCAACUUUUGGUUCCAGUUUUUGACAGCAAUUUCAUUCUACAGACUAUUUCUUCGAGCGAGGAUAGCGAUUACGAACUCAAAAGGGAAAUAUCAUUCUUCAUCGCGACUCUCAUUAUUUUUACGCCGAUACAUAAUAUGGAAAUUUUUAUUACAGCGGAAGUCGUUGAUUUACUACAAUCCAUGCUUGUUUGUGGUGUCGGAUUAAUAGUACUACGUGUCUUGGACGCGUUGACUAAGCUGAUGUACACAAUUCCAGAAAUAGAUCCUUCUCGGGAAUUCGCUGAAGCAAUGGCUUCGGAAGACAUGAAGGAUGAAAUUGAUAGAGUAAUCGACUCAGGAACGCCGUUGAUGAUAGAAAGAGCGCACUUUUUAAUUCAUAUGAUCGAGGAAUUAUUGCUCAAUGGAAAUUAG